ACAACCUCAUAUAAAUAAUUCCACAGUGUGGGACUUUUCCCUGGCGGUGCUGAGCCUGUGCACUUGUCGCUUGUCUGUGGAAUAUCUAACCCAUCCACUCCGUACUUCGCGCAACGGACACUGCAGUUUUUGGAACGGGGUGUUUUAAGGGGUUUUCGCAAAUCUACGGAGGAAUUUUCGGAUAUGACCAGCCUUAUAGCUCAAGAUGAUGGAUGAGAUCGACGCGCUCAGACUGAAGUUGGAAGAGUCUGUGAUCCUCUCCAAUACAGAGCCCAUCAACAUUGAAGAUGCCCACUAUGCUCAGUUGCGUGGGGAUCUGGAGGCAGACGUGCAGGGCUUUGAGGCGGAGACCUGGGGGCUGAGUGUAGACCCAGAGUACAUGAAGGAGCUCCCCAAGGAGGCGGUCAAGAGGCAGGAGGUCAUCUACGAGCUGAUCCAGACGGAGAUCAACUAUGUGCGGGUGCUGAGGAUCAUGAUCGGCGUGUUCGUGAAAGAGCUACGCGAUUCCAUGCAGAUGGAGGAGGCGCGGCUUCACAAGCUCCUCCCACCGGUCGACGGGCUGCUCAACAUCCACCUGCACUUCCUGUCCUGUCUCAAGGAGCGACGGCAACAGUCGGCGGCGCCUGGCAACGACAAAAACUACUGCAUGCAGCGCCUUGGAGACCUCCUGUGCGCACAGUUUUCAGGAGAGACGGGAGACCUGAUGAAGGAGCACUAUGGGGUUUUCUGCAGCCACCACAACGAGGCUGUCAGCUUCUACAAAGAGCAAGUCCAGAACAACAAGAAGCUGACCUAUAUCAUGAGGAGGAUAAGCCAGCUGGCCAUUGUGAGGCGGCUGGAGAUCCCCGCGUGCAUUCUCCUGGUCACUCAGCGAAUCACGAAAUACCCCGUCCUGGUCGAACGCAUCAUAAAAAACACUGAGGCUGGCACAGAGGAGCACGCUGCACUGGUGCAGGCACUGGCACUUAUCAAGCACACCAUCUCGCAGGUGGACAACCACGUCAAUGAGUACGAGAAGGCGCAGCGGCUGCACGAGAUUGCGGCUCGGCUGGAGCCCAAGUCAAUGGUGCGCAUGAAGAACGACCGGCUGUUCCGUCGAGAUGACCUGUUGUGCCGAGGGCGGCGCCUGCUCCACGAGGGACCCGUCAGCUGCCGCAACGCCUCCGGACGCUUGAAAGAAAUCAAUGCAGUGUUACUGACAGAUGUGCUGAUAUUACUGCAAGAGAAAGACCAGAAAUACGUCUUCUCCACUGUGAUGGACAACAAAUCGUCUGUGAUUCCCCUGCAAAAGCUGAUUGUGCGUAAUGUGGCGCUGGAUGAGAAGGCCAUAUUCCUGAUCUCUGCCUUGUCUGACGUGCCGGAGAUGUACGAGAUCCUGACGGGAUCGAAAGAGGAGCGCGACCGCUGGAUCGGCCUCAUCUGGCAAGCCGCCAGCAGCUGCCCUGAAGAUACAGACGAGGAGCUAGCCAGUGAGCAAGGCGAGGCCAUCCCUUCAAAGAUAAGAGAAUACCAAGAGCAACUGUACACAAAAGACGCCCAGAUUGUACAGCACCUCGAGGACAAGCUGCACGCCUUUGCAAAGCUGCUAGAGAAAAUAGCAGGAGUGGAGGACUUGACACCGCACCACCGCCUGCUGCUCCGUGGCUCUACCCCUGACCUCCAGCAGGGGGAGCAGCUUCUCGUAGGCGCCAUAGCUGAUGUGGAGGCGCUGCAGGUGCUGCUCCUGAGGACGGAGAAGGCUGAGGACUGUGUGGACGGCGCGGUGGGGCCUGACCCGGCAACGCUGCUCGCCAGAGCUCAGACCUUCCAGAGCUACGACAGGAGAAAUGGAGCGCUGCAGACAGAGAGCAUGCCGAAGGAGAAAGCACCGCGGCCCAAUUCUGAUCCCCUGCUGAGGGAGCACUACCUGGAGGAGAGCAUGGAGCAAUCGGCUGAUGAGGAGGUCACCGCUAGUACCCAGCAGGUGGAAGCAGCCAUGUUCCCCAAAGCAGAGUUUUCAGAGAAGCUGGUGGCUCUGUCCCAAAAACUAUACAGCCUGCAGGCGGUCAUCGCCCAGCACGACACCAAUGCCGAGCUCCAGCGCGCCGUUGCCACCGCCGACCGUGCCAGCCGCCAGCGCGGCAACGUGCUCCUGGAGCAGGAGAAGCAGCGCAACAUGGAGAAGCAGCGGGAGGAGCAGGCCAACUUCCAGCGGCUGCAGCUGCAGCACCGGCAGGAGACGGAACGCUGGGAGCGCGAGCGGGAGCGUCAGCGCGUGGCGGCCGAGGUCACCGAGGCGGAGCUGCGUCAGCGGCGCGAGGAGUGUGAGCGUGCGGAGGCUCAGCUGGCGGCCGAGAAGGAGGAGCUGAAUCGGCAGCGCGAGGCCUACCAGCAGGACCUGGAGCGGCUGCGGGACACCACGCGCACCGUGGAGAAGCAGCGCGACGAGCUGGAGCAGCAGCGCAAGAAACUGGAGAAGCAGAAGAAGCCCAACACCAUCUCCAACCCAGGAAGCUUCAACUACGAGGCCGCGCAGUUAUUGGCCAGCUCGGCCACUGGCGAAUGGGGUCUGUCUGUGAAGACACCCGCCAGCGAGGACCUCCUCUUCCGCACCAAGUCGCACGUGCGGCCCAGCCUGCCACAGGCCACCUCAGGCUUCCUGGAGAGGCCACCCGAUGUGCCACCGCGGCGUGAGAGCAUCAGCCCCUCCGCCACCAAGAGCGACCGUCCCAUCCACCUGAUCAGCACCACCACCGAGCAGUCGCUCAAGGCCGGCGCAGCCAUCCAGCAGCAGAUCCCCACCAAGCUGGCGACGCUCAGCAAGGGCAAGGAGAAGGAGAAGGGCGGCAAAGAGAAGAGCAGCAAGGAGAAGGGCGGCAAGGGCAAGUCCCACCACCGCACCAACAGCGCCGCGUCCAUUGAAGUGUCCCAGGUCAUCCCCAUCAAGGUGGCUGGGAAAGAGGGGGGCAGCCUGAAGGCCAAAAGGUCCAGCAGCCCUCGCCGGCUCCAUCCAGAUACCUUUAUUCACCCAGACAAGCUGCCACCCAACACCAAGCCCUCCCACUCUGCCAGUAUGCACCGGAAAGCAGCUCACGGCCAGGAGCCCCAUCCUCACCACAGGAGGGCAGGAACCACGAAAAAAGACGACGUUAUCUUCUUUUAAUAUCUUUUUCUUGUACUGUGACAGACAUGACCCUAAAUUUACUUUUUUCAUCAACAGCUAAAGUAGUAGAUGUUUGUCUUACUAGCCAAACACACUCAGGAAUGGGUGAAAGGGGCUGCAAGUUGGUCUUGUCUACCAGUUAAACAGGGUUUUCACCAGGUUUUGGCCGGUUGGCUGGUGUUAAUUUAGAGCGCUGUGUGAGCGACAUGUGAACCAGGACAUCAUAAAAAUAAUGAUGCUUAUUUUUUUAAUCCAAUCCAAUGACAAGGUGAGCCAAUUGCCUGCAUGUGUAUCGUCCUGCCUGUGUUUCUGUUUCCAUGAACUGUACAUACACAUGCAGAAGAAGACCCUCCACUGCUGAGGUAUUAUGGGAGUUUUGGGAGCUUUGUUUUCAUAUAUUUUUUAAUCCUGUUUUGCAUUGGUUUCCAGUUUGUCUCCUUUCUUAGCACAGAACAGGGGAGUACAGAAGUGCUCCACUGCCAAGGAUUUCGGUACUAUACUUUCUUGUCAUUGGUGCCUGCCUGGCUCCUUCAUAGGGUGCCGUGCUGCACUGGCUGUCCAUCCACAGUGGGUGUAGCAUUUUCCUGGCCCUGAAAUGUACAUUUGAUUUUUAAUUUAGGUUCAUACUGUGCAUGUCUUUUUUUGUACAUAGCUUAAAAUGUCAGUGCCUGACUUGUUGCCAUUUUGCUUAAAACUGUAUUUCAUGCGCUAGAUUUAAAAAUGCAUGCUCCAAUGUCACAGGUGAAAGAUGUACAGUUACAAUACUAAGAAAUGCAAGAAGAGUGUCAAACUGUCUUCAAUAACUUGAUGCAAAAAAAUACAUUGUGUUGCUGUCGGGAAGCCACCAGAUGAAAUCUUAAGAAAGGGUGUUGAAGGGACUUGCAGGUGUACUGUGCUUUCAUGUUGCCUAUUAACAAUGAGUCUUUUUAAAUUGAAAACAAACAAAUGAGGUAGUGCUUUGAGGUAGGGUUUUAAAUGUAAUUUAUUUUUUUAUGCAGGGAGAUGGCAUGUAUGAUGUGGCUCUUUGUGGGAAUGUGGGAUGUCUUUAUUUUAUUAUCACUUGUGCAUCCAUUUGUUUGGCUGUCAAAAAACUGGGGCUGUGGAAAAAUCCAAAGAGAGGAUGCCUAACAAACAAUGUAGACCUACUUUAUUGACAUUAUUGAAGGACAAUAUCUGUAAAAAUGUGUCUUUAUAUACACAGAAUGCCCCACCUCCUUUAAAAAAUUGGUGAAAUGUGUAAAUAUUCUCUGUAAAAUAAUUGUGAUUAUAGGUACUGUCAAGUGAUUCCUCUGAAUUCACAUGUGUUGAAUAAAGAGGUUUUAUUAUAACAGA